GAAGGAACAGGGAGGGACCCAGGCCGUGGGCCCUCGGCCCCACCGGACGCACAGCCUGGCCCGCAGCGGUGGGCGGGGAAAAUCCGCUGCCUCCCCCGCCCCUCCCCCACCAGCCCAGCCUCCUUCUUGGUUCUCAAUUAGGUCCGCCACAGGGCUAUAAAUAAAAAGAUCGGUAUCCUGUCAAACCAAAUCGGUCAACGGCAUCCUUUUUUUCUCGGUGAAGAUGUCUGGUCGCGGCAAGGGCGGAAAGGGCCUGGGCAAGGGCGGCGCCAAGCGCCACCGCAAGGUGCUGCGCGACAACAUCCAGGGCAUCACCAAGCCCGCCAUCCGGCGGCUGGCCCGGCGCGGCGGCGUCAAGCGCAUCUCCGGCCUCAUCUACGAGGAGACCCGCGGGGUGCUCAAGGUGUUCCUGGAGAACGUGAUCCGGGACGCCGUCACCUACACGGAGCACGCCAAGCGCAAGACGGUCACGGCCAUGGACGUGGUCUACGCGCUCAAGCGCCAGGGCCGCACCCUCUACGGCUUCGGGGGCUCUUGUCUGAUGACUGGAGUCGUUUUACUUGGAGCUGGUGUACUUGGUGACGGCCUUGGUGCCCUCGGACACAGCGUGCUUGGCCAGCUCCCCGGGCAGCAGCAGGCGCACGGCCGUCUGGAUCUCCCGGGACGUGAUGGUCGAGCGCUUGUUGUAAUGCGCCAGGCGGGACGCCUCGCCCGCGAUGCGCUCGAAGAUGUCGUUGACGAACGAGUUCAUGAUGCCCAUGGCCUUGGACGAGAUGCCGGUGUCGGGGUGCACCUGCUUCAGCACCUUGUACACGUACACCGAGUAGCUCUCCUUGCGACUGCGCUUGCGCUUCUUGCCGUCCUUCUUCUGCGCCUUGGUCACCGCCUUCUUGGAGCCCUUCUUCGGGGCCGGAGCCGCCUUGGCGGGCUCGGGCAUGAUAAUCUCAAAACUAGAGAAAUUGGGACCACCGAAAAAAACAAAGGAAGCCGAAAAUCCAGAAUAUUAAUAGCACCUAUAUACAAACGAAGGCUCUACAUUUUCAUUGGACCCAAUGUGGCCAAUAGAUUAAUAGUAUCGAUGGCUCGCACGAAGCAGACGGCCCGCAAGUCGACCGGCGGCAAGGCCCCGCGCAAGCAGCUGGCCACCAAGGCGGCCCGCAAGAGCGCGCCGGCCACCGGCGGCGUCAAGAAGCCGCACCGCUACCGGCCCGGCACGGUGGCCCUGCGCGAGAUCCGGCGCUACCAGAAGUCCACCGAGCUGCUGAUCCGCAAGCUGCCGUUCCAGCGGCUGGUGCGCGAGAUCGCGCAGGACUUCAAGACCGACCUGCGCUUCCAGAGCUCGGCCGUGAUGGCCCUGCAGGAGGCGUGCGAGGCCUACCUGGUGGGGCUCUUCGAGGACACCAACCUGGCUGCAGGCCGAGCUCCGGGACUGGACGGUGACGGCUGCUUGCUGUUCGGCAUGUCUGGCCGCGGCAAAGGCGGGAAGGGCCUGGGCAAGGGCGGCGCCAAGCGCCACCGCAAGGUGCUGCGCGACAACAUCCAGGGCAUCACCAAGCCCGCCAUCCGGCGGCUGGCCCGGCGCGGCGGCGUCAAGCGCAUCUCCGGCCUCAUCUACGAGGAGACCCGCGGGGUGCUCAAAGUGUUCCUGGAGAACGUGAUCCGGGACGCCGUCACCUACACGGAGCACGCCAAGCGCAAGACGGUCACGGCCAUGGACGUGGUCUACGCGCUCAAGCGCCAGGGCCGCACCCUCUACGGCUUCGGGGGCUGAGCUUCGUCGCAGCUCUGGGCGCUGCAGCCUCGCCGUCGUCCCCAAAGGCCCUUCUCAGGGCCACCCACUUGGUCACAGGAAGAGCUGUUUUCCGGAGGACAGAGGUAACACCUAAUGCUUUGUCGCUGUUCCUUUUCUCGGACUCUGGCUGAACGGGCGCCCCGUUCCCCCGGCGGCUUCUGGAGACGCGCUCCGCGGCCGGUGGCGGUUGGCUAAGGUGGCGGCGCCCGGCGGACCCCGGAGAAGGAAGGCGUGCACCUUGCAGCCGCCGGGCUUGCCUCCUUCAUGUGUUCUGUUCGCUCUGUCUUGGCCUUCCCACCUAGGACCUCAUCCCUCUCUCUAUUUCUCUGCCGGGCAGCCAGAAGAGGUGGCCUUCAGCCCACGCUCACCCAGCUAUUGAUGUUCUAAACGUUCUCCCUACUUGGAGACUUGGGUUUGCCUUCCUGGAUGCCAGAGAAAGCACGCCCUUGUUGACCGUGGACAGUUAUCGUCUGUGUUGUGUUAAGCCCACAAGAUAUUGCCAAUAGCUUUUUUUAACGAACUAGUGAGCUUUGUUGGCUGGCCUAAUUUAACGGUAGUGUUGUAGCCCAGCGUAAGUCUUCUGGCUCCUUACUAUCAAUGUAUAUACCUGUCUCCACUUAAUCCAGACCCCUAUCAAUUACUAGAUCUUAACUAUUAUGUUAAAUCUCCAAGAAAUCUGGAGUAUCCAUGUCUCAGUCACUCUUCAUGAUUAUCUGUUUUCUGUACCACUCACUAAAACACCUUUGCCAUGGUUACCAGCGACCUAAUUGCCAAGUCCUAAAGAACACUAGAACAUCCAUCUGCUGCAACUGAUCUAAUUCAUCCCUCCUCCCUUCGCAGUCUCUUCACAGGGUUUUUGGUACCUUUCGUCCUGACCCAGAUCCUGUAUUCUCCAUGAUUCUUCUCACUUUGCUUUGGGGGCCCUAUUCCUCUGCUUGUAAUUCUUCCCAGUGAACAAACUUGCAGUGUCUUCACAUCAGUCCGUAGAUCUUCCUUGAGUCAUCCAGAGAUGGUGAGACAUCCAGACUCUUCCAGAGAUGGUGAGACAUCCAGGCACCCAGGAAAAAACUGAGGAUCAGCAGAACGGUAGCAGAAGGGGCCAUCCCAAAAUACACCACUUUGGCAUAAGGGUUAUUUUGAGCUCAAGGCACUUGAAAAGCAGAUGUAAGAAUGGGGCUCUGACCUUCCCAUUUCUCCCUGAAGGCAGAUAAUGGUCCCAUGUGAAAGGAGUCGUGUCUAUAUGAGAAGAACGCAUCACUAGAAACAGUCAUGCUGAGAGAAAUCUAUACAAACAGACCUUGGUAAAAUAACCCUGUAUCUCCUUUCGUCCCCUCCUAUUUUUGUUGCUAUUUCAAGAUUAUUAUUCUUUGUUCAACCUAGCGUGUAAGCACUUAGGCCUAACCACUUUCAGGGGCUUCAUGUUCCUGUGAAGACUCCCAUGAGCACAUAAAAAUAUUAAAUAACAUGUGUAUGCUUUUCUCUUGUUACUCUGUUUUAUGUCAAUUUAAU